CUACUCCCUCCUCCUUCCCACCUCCCUCCUUCCUCCAUGGAGCGGUCUGGCCCACCCAGGCACCAAGCCUUGUGCGGGCGCCUCCGCCGUGGUACUGCGAACGUGCUGGUAUGGCGUCAUCCCCGACCUGGGGCAGCCCCAUGCCACGAUCCACACCUCCCGCCCAUCCGUCCGCGACGGCGGCACGAAGUACCCGUUCAUCGCCCCCCUGAGGCUGCAACGCAGUGGUGGGCACGGCGACAAGGCCGGCAGCGGGGCCGCAGUGGCUGGGACUCUGAUGGCCUUUUGUCCACUUUUCCGACCGCUCGCAACACGCCUCGCUCUUUCGCGCCCACGCAUUGAUGCUCCGUCUUCGACGAGACUGGCUUUGUUCGAUUCCUCCCUCCUCUGCCUUGCCCUCCUCCUUCACUCAUCCUCUGUCCUCCCUUCCUCCAAACUCGCCUCUGCAAGGUGUGCAAGAACUUUCUCGUCGGCUUCUGCUGCCACGAUUGGUUCUCCACUCCGAAGCGGAAGGUGAACCCGUGCGCCAAGAUCCACUCGGAGAUCUUGAAGGAGAAGUUUGAAGGACACCCUGACGCAAAGCCCUACCGAGCAGAGUGGGAAGAGGACUUCCUCAUCUACUUGGAGAAGGUGGCGCAGGAGUGCGAUCGCUUCAUCGCCAUCGAGAAAACGAAAUGCCGCCCGGCGAGCAGUGGAAAGGCGAUGGGCAUGCCAGUGGAGAUCAAAGAGAGGUGUAGCGAGCUCGAGAAGCGCUACUCUGAGCUGCUGUCGAAAGCCGAGGAUACAGCUGAGAAGGAGUAUUUGGCUAAAGCGGAGAUGGUGAAGGAGGAGCUGGACGGUCUUAGGUCCAAGUACGUCUCGGACUUCGCUGGGGAAGACAUCUGCGAGGUGUGCGGCGUGAAAUACCCGCUCGGUGGCUCGGGAGCUGGCUCGUGGCACGACAAGGAGAGCCACAAGAAGGGGAAGAUCCACCAGGGGUAUUCGCAGAUCCGCGAAACGAUACUGAAUCUGAAGGGCAAGCGCAGGGAGUGGGAAAAACACAGGGAUGCGAUUCGAGCAAAUCGCAGACUUAGAGAAAAAGAGGAGGAGAAGCAACGCGAGAAGGAGGAGAAGGAACGCCGACAACGAGAAAAAGAAAAGGAGAAGCAAAAGGAGGAGGAGCGACUCAGAGAGAAAGAACGCGAAAAGGAGCGCGAGAAGGAGAGGCAGAAGGAGCGAGAACGCGAGAAGGAGCGCGCCGCGGCAAAGGCUCGAGAAAAGGAGCGGGAUCGAGGCCGCGGCAGGUCGAGAGACAGAGGCAGAGAAAGGUCGCGCUCUGGUGGGUCAUCCGGGGCCCGCGGCAGCAGGCGCCGGAAGAUCAGCAGAGAACGAGAUCGCAGCGAGGACGACAGGGGAGCCAAGAAGAGAAGCCGCAGCCGCCGCAAGGAUGGUGCGGCCAAGAGCCGGCCUCGGAGGGACCGCAGCAGCGAGCGCAGCCGCAGCGCCGAGGGCGAAAGGAGGCACGGCUCGUCCGACCGCAGCGCAAGCGGUAGCCCUGGGGCGAAGUCAGGCUGCUCCGUUGAAGAGGAGGACAUUCCAGACUUCUGGGAGAUGGUGCAGAGCAAGCCGUCGCAGGUGCGCAACGAAUUUGUGGCAGCCCUGACCUCCAACAGCCAGGUCCCUUCCUUGUUGGGAUGAGGAAUGGGAGCGGGAGAGGGACUGGGAGGAAUUUGCCGCAUCAGACAAAUCUCUUGCUCGGUCAGAUGUCGCCAGUGUUACUUCUAUCCCGCGCGGUGUGCCAUCGUUACGGUGCAACGUGUGCCACUAUCUGAGGCUCUUCUGGGGGACGCUAUCGUUCACAUGGGAAGGGGGACAGGAGAAGGGCGCAUUCCUUGGCAUCGUCAAACUAUGGUGUCUGUAUUCGGUGCCCGAUUCUUCUGCGACGGAUGCAGCAUGGGCAGAAUAUUGAGGCAGCCAUGCAACAGCGAGGUUGAUUCGCACGGGGCGGAAGAGCGAGAACGGAGGGGCGAGAAGUGAGGAGC